CCUCUUCCUGCGCCGCGCCUCCGCCGAAGCCCAACCCAGCCGAGCCUCCCGCUGCCGGGGCUCCUCCCAGUCCCAACCGGCGGGCUCCAGGCCCCGCCCCGCCGCCCGGCUCGGCUGGCUCCUGACUGCUGCUCGUGGUGGCUAUUGCCGCAUGCUGUUUCGUGCCGUUGCCGGAGGAGCUGGAAGAUGGCGGAGCCGGGGCCGGACUGCAGCGCGCUUCUGGACGAAGAGCUCUCCUCCUUCGUCUUCAACUAUCUCACCGACAGCCAGUAUGAAGUGUCUGGUGAGGAACACCUCUACUCUGAUUUCCCAGAGAUUGAUUUGUCCCAGUUGGAUGCCGGUGACUUUGACUCAGCCAGUUGCUUCAAUGAGCUGCAGUGGUGUUGCGAUCACUCUGAAACAGAGUCCAGCCAGUACAGUACAGAUGACUCCGAGCUUUUUCAGAUUAUUGACAGCGAGAAUGAAGCGCUGCUGGCGGCUCUCACCGAGACACUGGAUGACAUCCAGGGAGACGACAUGGGCCUGGCCGCCUUCAGACCUAUGGACGAGGGGGACAUGCCCAACAGCGGCUGCACGUCACUCACCCCCUCUCCCAAACCUGCCGCCCCUAUCCCGAGGGGGCCUCCUCUGGCCCCAGAGGUUGAUGAGCUGUCUCUACUGAAGAAGUUGCUCCUUUCUCCGUCCAAUGUGCCUCCAAGCUAUGAGGUUCAGAGAGAGGGGAGCACAUGGCGUCAAGGAACUCCCAAAUCCAGACCCCAGCGACCCUGUACAAAGGUGGACAGUGUCCGAGACCGAAAGCCAAGUUUUCUGCAGGCUCAGAGCCGGAGCUGUACUGAGCUUCAUAAGCACCUCACCUCCAUCACUGCCCACUGCCCGCACACAAAGGACAACUGGCCACUGGACGAGUGCCACAGUGGCGGCACGGAGCUCCAGAGAUAUUGCGCCCACCAUGGAGAGGACAGCGACUCCGGUGAAGAGUUGCUGCCCUGUGGCAACAUGGCAGUGACUCCUCCUUCUUCCUCCGAGGAAGGCGCUGGAGAGAAGGAGCUGCACGCUACUGUGGAGCUCAUCCGCUACAUGCACACUUACUGCCUUCCCCCCAGAAAGCUGCCCCCCACAGAUCUUGCCGAUGUGAGACACCAGCAUUUCCACAGCCCCUCCAAAAGGGCCAAGCCGGAUUGCCCCCUGCAGCGGCCUCCGCUCUGCAGCAAGGACAGUUGCCCGCCCAGCUCUUGGCACCUCUCAGCGGGCGGCAAGCAGCCCAGAGCUCCCGCAGCCAGUUUCUCCAUCCUGAAGGAGCUGCUUGCCAGGGACCUCCCGUGUGAUGUGAGCAAGCCAUACCGGUUGGCCAAGCCUGCAUAUGCCUCCUUGACCAGGUUGCAGCCACCCAAGGCUCCGGGAGCUCCGCCGCCCGAGGCUGCUGGGGGAUCCACGGAGGCGUGCAAGUCCGCAGGCAGAAUGCCACCAGAAGUGAAAACAGAGCCCAGGCAGGGCCCCAAAGCGGAGCCUGAGGUGAAGGAAGAGACCAGCAGCCCUGCGGAGGAGGAGGAGGACUGUGCAAAGCGGGCCCAGCUGGCCUUUGGGAAGGCAGGCCGCAAGCAGGAGAGCUUUAUUUAUGCCGUGCGGCGCUCCAAAAGACUCAACCCCGAGCUCAGUCUCUGGCUUUCGUUCCUUGACGAUUCUCCCCCUGAUCCAGCCACACCCCCUCAAAACAAAGCGGCCUCCCCAGAACUGUCCCUGUGCUCCUCCGCUCUGCAGAACUUUGACAGGGAAGCACCAGCAGCAGAGGUCGAAGUGAGCGGUGCAGGAGAGGCGGAGGACAGGUAUCGGAGUCUCCCGAUGGAGCUGCAAACCCCCUCACCAGAGAGCUCCGGGGAGAGCGAAGCCUGUGAGAUAAGCGAGAGCCAGUGCUGCGCCCUUUUUCAUCCGACAGGUACCCUAAAAGCACCAAGGUGUUUGUCGCUGCCCUUGGCAACAACAGAACCAACAUUUGGAAAGCGCAAUUUCGAGCAAGUUCUGACUGUAGAGCUGUGUGGCACCGCAGGUCUCACACCACCAACUACUCCACCAUACAAGCCUUCAGAGGAGGACCUGUAUAAGCCAGACAUUCACCAGAGGCCAGCCAAGGAGACUGCCAUCGUCACCAACUCUGAGCCACAGCCAAUGAUAGGGGACAGGGCAACCUUCAGGAAGCAACAGAAGAAGCACCCAGUGCGGACAGAGUUGUAUGCACACCUGAGUCGGUCCGCCCCCCACCUGCCCCACCCCGAGCCACAUGGGGUGCUGAAGCGCCCUUUCUCACGCUCUUUCGGUGACCACGACUAUUGCCAGGUCUUGAAGCCCGAGGCCUCGCUCCAGAGGAAGGUGCUGAAAUCCUGGGAGCCCCUGAGCCACGUGGAAAACAAACACAAGCGGAGAGCCCCUGACGUGCACUACCAGCACGCGAGUCAGGAGGGCGUCAACGGGACCCCAGUGAAGGAGGAAAGCCAGCAGCUGAGGGACCAGGAGAUCAGGGCCAGCUUGACAAAACACUUUGGCCUCUUGGACAGUGCCCUCGAUGCCGGGGAGGCGGCCUUCUGCAAGACGCCUGAAUAUGACACCGUCUUUGAGGACAGCUGCAGUGAGAUUGGUUCCCCGCUGGAGGAAGAGGAGGAGGAAGAGGAGGAGGAGGAAGAGUGCUGCACAAGUCCAUUGGAAUCCAAGAUGUGCCCCUACAAGAACCCUCUUUCCAGGGCCAGUUUGCACUAUUGUUCCCGAAGCAGGUCUGAUUCUGAGUCUUCAUGCUGCAGGUCCAGGUCUCCAGCAAGCAGAUACGAAAAUGACAAGCAGUGUCAAGAUGGAACUGUGGGACAGAUGGAGAAGAGGAGAGAAAAAGCCAUUGGAGAAGGCCGUGUAGUGUACAUCAGAAACCUUGCCAGCAGUAUGAGCUCCACUGAACUGAAGAAGCGCUUUGAGGUGUUCGGAGAGAUUGUUGAGUGUUGCGUUUUGACCAGGAAUAAAAGGGGAGAUAAAUAUGGCUUCAUCACGUAUCGGUGUUCAGAACAUGCCGCCUUAUCCUUGAAGAACGGUGCCUCACUAAGGAAAAGAAAUGAGCCCUUGUUCCAGCUGAGCUACGGUGGCUUUGGGCACUUCUUCUGGACCAGAUACACCGACUUGGAUUCCAACACAGAAGAGUCCUCCCCAGCUCUGAUAAAAAGCAAAUAUGAGACCAUGGAUUUCGACAGCCUGCUGCAGGAGGCCCAGGAAAGCCUACAUCGGUAACAGCCUUAACCUUUGAGGAAUACCUCAAUACCUCAGUCAAGGCACUUCCAAUAUGUUUACGUUUUCAAAGAAAUGAUUAAGUAUACAACAAGAGAGAGAGAGAGACUGCUGUCCCUUUAAAUCGAUGUUUACAUUGAACAAGCUGCUUCUGUCUGUGAGUCCCCAUGGUGUUGAUGUUCCACUGCCACACAUUAGUAUCUUUGCUUCUGACUGGUUGUGUUAGGACGAGCCUGCAAAAGUCUCCUGUCCCAUUCUUGUCUGGCCCCUUUCUCUGCCCCCCCCCCCCGUUACCCCACUUCCGCCGUGGAUUUGCAGCUGUGUUCACCAUAACUUUUUUUUUUGUCUGUAGUGUGUGAUGAUGAAAUUGUUAAUUGUGAAUAGAAUCAGGAUUGUAAACUAAUUUUUAAUAGAAGAAAGAAAUAUAUACUUAUAAUGUAUUUAUGGCUCAGAUGUACUGUAAUUCAGAUUUAUUGUACCGCUUCCUUGAUUUUUAACUAUGCACUGUAAUGAGGCACUUGCCUGUCAGCAGAUGUGGCCCUCCCCAAAGGGUGCCCUCCAAUUGGCCACUCAGUUGAAAUUGGCUUCCGCCCUGUCCAUGGUGAACCAAGGGGUGACCGACUGAGCUUGUGCUCUUGCUAUAUAAGCCAUUUGUUCCGUUUCGUUUGGGCUGAAUUCUGGGAUCACCACUGCCCUGUUUGUUGAUGGCACAAGGCACAUUGUGAUUCCUCAGUCCAGAGCUGGCUCUGGGUGGAUAGGAAUGGUGUUCUCAGAUGGUGCAUUUUUGAGGAAGGGGAAAGAGGAAAAGGGUGCAAGGGUAGAGUGCAUGUUUUCCCUCUGUCCGUGAUGGAUUGGCAGUGGUCACAAGGUAGUGAAGCCCCAUCUGCCAGGGAAAUGGUAUGUAAGAAAAGCUCCCCUGGAUCAGAACAAAGAAAAGCUCCUCUGGAUCAAAACAAAUGCCUAUCUAGUCAAGCAUCCUGUUUUGUGCCAUGGCCGACUAGAUUCCUAAAAGAAGUAGGACCCAAAGGUUAUAGUCCUCUCCUUUUGAUGCUCUCCAGCAAUGUAUGAAGGCAGUAGUCCUUUUGUUUGCUCUCUAGCAACUAUUACUCAAGAGGCGUUCUGUCUUUAAACUUGAAAGCUCCGUAUAGCCAUCAUGACCAGUAGCCCAGGAGCACAAGUCUACAGCAAGACUGAGAGAGUUUGAGAGCCAGUCCCAGAACAAUUAUGCCCAGAGGUUUCUUUGCAUUACAUCUACCAUAUAAUGAUAGCAGCUGCAGUUUUGCAAGGUCCAUGUGGGAGUUUGAAGUAGAGGAACGUGGAACAAUUCAUUUAAGGCCAUACAUGACAUCACCAGUAGCCUCAGGAAUAGUUUUUUACCCAUCUGGUCAUCUAACCAAAGCAAAAUCUGCCUGGUGGGCAACACCCAAAGGAAAAAAAGUUCAAAGGAAUUCUCGCACCUUGGGCCGGGUGAGUUCACAGUGCUUACAGCUGGCACAUGGCUCAUCAGCUGAUUAUCCUGCUCCAUUUUGAACACUACUCUCCUUAUGAGUGGAAUAAGCCAUAAAACAUUCAGUCAUUGCUAUGAAGCCUUGUGAAGCGACUUCCCCCCUCUCUCUAUCUCCCGCUCCCUGUCAAGAAAGGCAUGGAUGUCACUGCCUAUUUGAUGUUUCCUUUGACUUCCUCUUGGCGGCGAUCUUGUGCCCUCCUUUAUUUCUUCCCUGGCUUCUCUCAGAUUCAGAAAUUUGAGGAGUCAUUACAAAGGAAGUCUUAGAGUGAGUUAAGCAACUAGUUUAGGGGCUCUUUGAUACGAACCGGGAUGCUGGGACAGAGGCAGUGUGGAAGCCUCUAGCUCAGAAGACCAACUAGUGGGAAGGAGUCGCUAUCUAAAUUACGCAGUUGUUUCGCUCAAACGUAGCUCAGACUCGCCACAAUAUACUGUGCUAUUGCCUCAUGCAGUAUGGC